AUGCAGGAAGAAGACGAUCUCUCUUUCUCCUCUAGAAAGAGGUGGAAGAUUUCAGAUUUUCAGCACCAAGAACAACAAGAUGCACAUAUCUCCAUUGGCAACUGUGAUGACGACUCAUUCAUGCCGAUGAACAAGGCAGAAGAAUGCUCAUUCAAUGGUUCAAAUUCCAUACCAGAGAUGAGUUGCAAGUCUAAUGGCAACAGUGAUGGUAUUCCUGAGUUGUCUAAUGCAGGUUGGGCUUCAUACCAGGGAAAGAGUUCCUCUGGCUACUUACCACCUGCUUUUGUUGGUGGAUGGAUGUACCUUAAUGAAAAUGGACAGAUGUGUGGUCCUUAUAUCCACCAACAGCUAUACGAGGGCUUAUCUACUGGUUUCCUGCCUGAGGAUCUUCCUGUGUAUCCCAUUGCAAAUGGGGCAUUGAUCAAUCCCGUUCCUCUCAAGUACUUCAAGCAGUUUCCUGACCAUGUUUCCACUGGUUUUACAUAUCUUUGUUCUGGUACUUCAGGCACAACAAUGCGUACAAAUUAUUCCACAGAUUUGGCAGCACAUAGGCAAGAAGGCCUUCAGUGUGCUACUCCAGUCUCUACUAAUCCAGUUGCAGGAUCAGUAACUGAUUCUCAUGUUCAUCACAAUACUUACGGCUCCAACCAACCAACCUCCAACCCUGAAGCAGCCGAGCAUGUUAAACCAGUUUCACUUGUGUCAGGUGAAGAUUCCUGUUGGCUAUUCAAGGAUGAUGAAGGGAGGAAGCAUGGGCCACAUUCACUUCUGGAGCUUUAUUCUUGGCAUCAGUAUGGAUAUCUUAAGGAUUCAUUAAUGAUAUAUCAUGCUCAAAAUAAGUUUAGACCCCUUCCUUUGCUAUCCAUUCUGAGGGAUUGGCGAUUGGAUAAACCUGAAUCUUUCUCCACAACUGUUGCAAACACUGAAACUGGCUCAUCUCCGAGAUUGAUAUCUGAAAUUUCUGAAGAACUUUCCUGUGAACUGCACUCUGGAAUAUUGAAAGCUGCUCGUAGAGUUGCAUUAGAUGAGAUAAUCAGCAAUGUCAUUUCAGAGUUUGUUAAUACGAAGAGAGCAGAGAGAUAUCUUAAGCUUGAUGAUCAGGCUGUCAUAACUGGUUCUGUGGAUGAUACAAUGUCCCAAUUUUCUGGUGAGAGGAUGAACUAUUCUCCUCCUGAGUGUGAGGCCACUAUCUGCAAUUAUAACUCUGAUCAGGCAUGUGUUGAUGAGUUGUCCAUGAAGUUACCCAGAAGUACAAAAUCUGUUGGAAACACUGAUGAUUUCUGGGGGUCUUACUCAGUUCUUUGUAGAUUUCUUUCUGAUUAUUGCAUGGAAGUCCUGUGGAAUGCUGUCUUUUAUGAUACCAUAGCAGAUUAUACAACUUCCUGGAGAAAGAGCAAACGUUGGUUCAGUCAUCCAUAUUUGUGCAAGAAGAUUGAAGAAUUACCCAGUGAACCUUAUUUUUCUAGGCAAGAAUCUCCUGCUAGCAGUGUUGACUGUCCUCCUGGUUUUGAGCUUCCCAAAACUGAAUCAGAUCAUAUUGUACCAUCAUCAAUUGUAUCUUCGUGUGAGCAUGUGGGAGAAAAGUCAUGCAUACAGAAUAGACUAUCACUCAAAGAUUAUCCGGAUGAUGACAUGAAAUGCAUCUUAGAAAGUGUAGCAAAUGAGCUACAUAAGUUCACGAAGGUGUCUUUGGUUGAGUAUGUUGAAAUUCUCGUGAAAGAGGAAAUGAAGAAAUUAGUUAAUUUUCCGGAGGAGAAGAGAUUAGAAGAGGGAACUGUUGACUUAUCUAUUCCAUUCAACCAGGCAAGUGAGUAUGGUUCUGUAGAAAUGAAAGAUGAGCAGAUGAUUCAUUCCAACCAAAUUCCUGCCGAGAUAAAUUUUUGUGGUGAUUCUCAAAGUUCACUACAAGCAGAAAAAUCAUUUUUGCCACUUCAAGCUGAGAACGCUUUAUCCAAUUUUGUGGCUAUUGCUUUUGAAAGAUCACAUGCUUCUGUUGACAAUUCAAUUGAUGAUGACAGCUUUGAUGAGCCACCACCACCUGGAUUCAAGGAUAGUGCUCUUCUCCCUUCCACUAUAAGUAAAUUCCGACCUUCAAAGUCAUAUGAAUUGACUUCCAAGGUUGGAGCCUUUGUUGCCAUUGCAAUGUGCAGGCAGAAGCUGCAUGAUGACGUACUUAGUGUUUGGAAAUCGUUGUUCAUCAAUGAUGUUCUUCAUCAAUUUUCUGGAUUAUGCCAAACUUUAGAAAAGCAUACCAAGCCUGAUAGCAGUGAGGACAGAGCAUUCAAACUCACAGAAGGGUCAAGGAAAUUUCACAAUCCAGACUCUUCGGUGUUGUCAUUGGCUUCAGGUAAAUACACAUAUCACCGGAAGAAAAAGUUGGCAGGAAAGAAGUUGGGCUUAUCUGGUCACUCUACUACUACAGUUGAUGCUGGGUCACAGAAAUGGCCUAUGGAAAAGUCAAGAAAGCAGGACAUUCUUAGAGAUGUCUCUGAGAAUGUAGUAGUUCAACCUGUAGUGACUCCUAAGAAGAAGGAAAUAACCAAGGGCCAGGCUGAAUCAUCUGUUAAUGCCUGUCAUUCGAAAGCUGUUGUCACUGAAUUAUCUGUUAAUGCCAGGCCUUCAAAAGCCGCUGUCAGAAACACCUUAAAAAGGGAUCGGUCAUUGCCCAAAAAUGCUGGUCAUCAGAAAGUAAUGAAGAUCGCACAAGCAGUUAAUGAUGAUAAAGUCGCCAAAGAUGCCAUAAAAAGCUCUAGGGAGAGGAUUGGGAAAGCUAUUGAUUGCAAUGGCCAUGAUGUUGGAAUUGAAAAUGCAGAGACUAAUGAAUGUUCGAAGAAGACUCUAAACACAAAUAAGGUGUCAAAGUCGAAAAGGAAAAGUACAGUAGAUGGUAUAAAAAGCUCUAGGGAGAGGAUUGGGAAAGUUAUUGAUUGCAAUGGUCAUGAUGUUGGAAUUGAAAAUGCAGAGACUAAUGAAUGUUCAAAGAAGACUCUAAACAGUACGAAAAGCUAUGAUCGGUUUUCAAUUAAGGUGUCAAAGUCAAAAAGGAAAAGCACUGGAGAUGUUGGAUCUGCGUCACGUCCUAUGAAGAUUCUGAAAGUAGAAAAUGGUUCUAUCAAGCAAGCGGCAACUAGACAGGUUACAGUACGGAAGACAAAGUCCAGUAAAUCCAGAACGUUAAAUCCCUGCCCUAGAUCUGAUGGCUGUGCACGGUGUUCAAUUAAUGGUUGGGAAUGGCAUGCAUGGUCAAUUAAUGCUAGCCGUGCUGAAAGAGCUCGUGUUAGGGGAGUGCAGUGUGUUCAUGCCAAAUAUUCAGGUUCUGAGGCAUAUGCAUCUCAGUUGUCAAAUGGCAAGGCUCUUUCUGCAAGGACAAACAGGGUGAAGCUUCGCAAUCUUCUUGCUGCUGCAGAAGGUGCUGACCUUUUGAAAGCAACACAGUUGAAGGCAAGAAAAAAGCGUUUACGUUUCCAGAGAAGCAAGAUACAUGACUGGGGUCUUGUUGCUCUAGAGCCAAUUGAGGCUGAGGACUUUGUAAUUGAAUAUGUUGGUGAACUGAUUCGUCCACAAAUAUCUGAUAUGCGUGAACGUCUUUAUGAGAAGAUGGGAAUUGGCAGCAGUUAUCUUUUUAGACUUGAUGAUGGUUAUGUGGUUGAUGCCACAAAGCGUGGUGGGAUUGCAAGAUUUAUAAACCAUUCUUGUGAGCCUAACUGCUACACCAAGGUUAUAAGUGUUGAAGGUCAGAAGAAAAUUUUCAUUUAUGCAAAACGCCAUAUAGCUGCUGGUGAAGAAAUUACCUACAACUACAAAUUUCCUCUGGAGGAUAAAAAGAUACCUUGCAACUGUGGUUCUAGGAAGAAGCAUUCUGAGAUGCCAAUUAUUUUUGAUGCUUUUGGAGGAGCUGGGUUUGUUCUCUUGAGAUUUGAAACCCUUCAUAAACUGCAGCUUGAAAGAUUUGUUUGGGUUCUGAUGAGAUGA